GCUUUUUUAAACAAACCAGAUCAUAUAGUACAAUGAAUAUAGGAGUAAUGCCGAUGGAAAUCUUCACAAUAUUUAGUAAUAUUACAUUUUCUCUAUAUUUUAUAGGAUCGUACUAAUGUUUAUUAAGCAAUUCGAUUAGAUUAAAAUUGUCUAAUUAAUUGAUUAAGACAAGAAAUAAUCAGAAUCAUUUAGAUAAUUGUCAAUCAGCGGUAAAUGACCCUUCAAAAUUUCCUGUUAUCCAUUUCGGCCUUUGACAAUCACGUUUGUUGAAUCAUGGAGAGAAAUCCACUUUUGCUUUAUCAUCAAAAUAUCCUCUGGCAAACGCUAAAGGAUGACGACGAAUUCUGCAAUUAUAUUAUACAACAAAAUACUACUGAUGAAGAUGGAGAGAAGAAGAGAUUGAAGAAUGAUUUUGAAUAUUUAUUCAAUAAUUUCAUUCUAUUCCAACCUACUGAUCGGAUAAUUUCAUUACUCAGCGAAAUAUCCGAAUCAAAAUAUACAGAUUUAAUAAUUCGCUUACAAAAUACAUGGAAAAGUUUGAUUGAAGAAAGAAGAGAAUUCGUUCUGGAAGAAAUUUCAAAUAUUCAAAAAUCUCCAUUCUUGAAAAGAGGAAAAAUGAAUAAAUCAUUUUUAGAUUAUAUCAUUCCUAUUCAAAUCAUUUCCAGAAGUAAAUCGAACGUUUAUUCUAGCGAAGGUCUUACUAUUGACCUAAUUAAUCAUUUAAAUGGAAUGAAUAAUGACCAGUCUAUUCUUUUCGGAGGCGAGGCGGGAAUUGGUAAAACGUAUCAUUGUCUAAAGCUUUUGAAUCUUUGGGCGACCAAUUACAACAUAUUUUCCAAUUAUUUGGUCAUUUUAGUGAAAAUGGACGAAAUUUCGGAUGAUGAAGAUUUUCUCGAUAUUCUGCUCAGACAAAAUUUCUCUCCUAAUUCAAAAGUAACAAAACAAUUACUCAACUAUUAUUUGAACGAUCUACAAGAUAAUCGUCGUAGAAAUAUCGUGUUCUUCUUUGAUGAAAAUGAUAAUACAAAUCGAAAUCGUAAUCGAAUUCUCGAUAUAAAAGCUACAAAUCUUCACAAAAAGUUUGCUAUGAUUUCGUGGUCGAGAUAUUGGAGAAUGGAAGAUCUAGGGAAGGAAUACGAUCAUAUUUUUGAAAUCACGGGUUUUAGUUUUUAUCAUAUGACUCUCUUCGUAUUGAGAUUUUGUAUUAACCCAGAUUAUUUCGAUGAUAAUCAACCUGAAAGAUGUAUAUCAGAUGAAAAUCUGAUCCACUUUUCCAACAAAAACUUGUUGUAUUUCGACGCUAAUCUUAAUCUAAAAACGGAUAAUAAGAAAGCAAUUAGUCUUGAGAGAAAUAUAUCGGUAUUGAUUAAUUCCAUGCAUCACAUAUGUUACAAUCCCUUAAAUGCUUUAUUACUACUAUUUACUUGGAAGAAUAUGGAUAAAUGGAAUAAUUGCCCUAAACUGAAAAUAUUUAAGUCACUUUUUAAUAAUAUGAAAGAUCACAUUUAUACUUUCAAAGGGAAUUUUGAUUUCGACGGAGUAAUGAUGGAAUGUUGCAGAAAAGCAUUUAAUAACUACUUCUACGGAACACCGAUGGAAUUGUCGGAUCUUCUCGAAAGUUGUCAGAAUGUUGCAGAUUUGUUGAUACCUUACGUUGAAAAUGGAAAGAAACUUUUUAAAUUCUAUCAUUCUUUAUUCCGUGAUUAUUUUGUUGUUGAAUAUAUUAAUCUGUGUUUAGAGAAGGAUAGAGUAAUGGAAGAAAAAGAAGAGAAGAUAAAUAUGAUAUUCAAUGAACUUUCAAAACCGGAUAAUUCAUUAAAAGUAGCAAAUAUUCAACCUUUUCUCCAGCAUUCGGAAAUUGAAACAAAUGAAAUAAUCCUGAAAUACAGUAUUGAAAGUACUACUAGGAGUGAAACAAAGCUUAAUCUAAGAAGAAGGGAAAGUGAAGAUACGGAUUAUAUAACAUGCAAGUUUCGAAUGAUAGAUUAUAAGAGUAUUGAUAAAUUUCAUAUUCAAGACAGAGAUGUUAGUGUUGUUGAUAUUAGAAAUAUAAGUAAAAGAUUGGGGAAAUCAACCGUAAUUACUACUGUUUCAUCUAUAUAUUGUUCAUUGAAUAGCGAACAUUUUAUGCAAAUGGGACAUAUGUUUAGUAUGAACAGUCCAUUGGAAAAGUUGGACUUUUCCGGAAAUGAAUUUGAUGAGGAAUCAUCAAAAUACUUGUUCAAUUGCAUAAGUGAAAAUCUAACAAAGUUAAAAGUUCUAAUUCUUAACCAUUGCGAUUCGCAAUUAUCCAACGACGGUCUUUGUCGUUUAUUGAAGAAAAGUAAACACUUAUCGCAACUGGAAUUAUUAAAUAACGAACUAAAUGAAUCGGCCGAUUUCUCGUUUAUGGAGACAAUACUAAUGAUGAAAAGUAUGAAAACGCUUAAGCUUCCUAACAUCAAUACGUAUCAAAUAGAACAUUUGAAAAAGAAGGCUGAAACAUUAAAGACCGAAAUACACGUGACAAGUUUGUAUCUUGGAAAAAAUGAACUCGAUGACCGAAUUAUAAGGAACUUUGUUGAGAAAAUGAUCAAUUCAUCUCAAAGUAUCAAUACUAUUGGUGUGAAUGGUCAAAAGGUGAAUUUUAACGACUACGUCUACUUAUUUGAUAUAUUGAAAGUUAUAAAGAAAAUUGACUUUUCCGACGGUGAUCACGAUAGAGAGAAUAUGGAACGUCUUUUGAAAUUAAAUUAUCUUCAAAAGUAUCCAGAUUUGGAAUUGGAUGUUAGUGAAUGUAAAUUAGAUCAAAUGAUGUUAUGUUAUCUUUUCAAAUACGAUAAUAUAACCGUUCUUAACGUUAGUGAUAAUAACUUUAAAGGAAUUCUAAAAUGGGACUAUUCUAUAGUGUUAAAUAUGCCUAAACUUCAAAAACUCUACAUGAACAAUUGCAACUUGGAUUCGAAUUUUCUAAGUUGGUUUACCCGUAAUCUAUAUAGAUUUCAGUCAUUAUUCGAUCUGGAUUUAUCCUCUAAUCCCUUCGAAAAUGACGCUGCAUUGGAAUUUUUCGAAAAGAUUGCCAAGGAGAAAAACAAAAUCAAAAUUUUGACAUUUUACGGUCCAAAUCUUGAUAUUGAAAUUCUCUUGGAUUUAGUAAUUCUUAUCAAAGAGAAUACUACCUUAAUGUCUCUAAACUCACCAACAGAUAAUCUUAAUUAUAAUUUUAACAACAUUAAAAGUGUCCUGGAUUCAAGAGACUUCAAUUUAGAAUUAGCAGAUAUGAUAUACUUUGAAUUUUUCCGUCUUAAAAGAUUUAAAACCUUAAUCAUUGGUAGACAAAAGUUUGUCCAACCUAAUCAAUAUUUCACUAUUGCAAACUACUUUAAACAAUUGGAAAUUACUGAUAUUGUUAUCAGUAAUGAAGCCUUAGAAUAUCUUGAUGUUACUGACAGAAGUGGCAUCAUUAAACGAUCUCCAAACAUUCAAACUUUUACAGUUCAAUCUACAUAUAUUAGAGAAUCCUUUGCUCAGGAUUUUUUCUCGGUAAUGGAGUCCGUAUCAACGUUGAAAUCUAUAUCAUUAAUUAAAUCUCCAAUUCAAGAAGAAUACUUAGAAGCUGCCGGAAGUUUAAUAGGACGACAAAAGGAUCUGAAACAUUUAAACAUUACUGGAAGAAUUAUUCUCAAUUUAUUCGAUACUAAUCUCUUUCAGCAUAUAUCUCCGUUGUGCUGCAAUAUUGAACAAAUCUUUCUCGAUUGUAGCGAAUGCUGUUUAAACGAUACUGACAAACAUCUCGCUCAGUUUUUAGGACGGCAAACGCGACUAAACAAACUCUGUCUCUCCUACACCGAUAUUGAUGGAGUCUCUAUAGCAAAUAUAUUUAAACACAUACCUUCGCCAUCUUUCAAUCUAACCGAACUAUCUGUACCCAAUUACGAAUUGUCUCGACAAAAUCGGCAAGACUUUGGAGCAUUCAUCGCUUGCCAGACUCAACUUAACUACCUUGAUCUUAGCGGAAUUACCUGCACAGAAAUGCCUAUCAAUAUAGACGAUUCUAUGUUUCCGGAUAAUCCCGAGUUUUGUUGCAACAUUUCUAAACUUUAUCUCGAUAAAGUACACUUUUCAAAUAAUCUGAGUGAGGAUAUUGGAAGAUUAAUACAACGACAAAAGAAUCUGAACACUCUUAGUCUAUCAUCGGCCAAGUUCGAAGAAGAAAGUGGAAGAAACUUAUUUCAGUGUAUUUUAGAGUCGUGUUGCACAGUUGAACAUUUGGAUUUGUUAAAUAUCGCAUAUAAAGAAGAUAUGAACGAGCAUCUAGGAAAAUUCAUCGACAAUCAAACUCGUCUUCAAAAGCUGUUUUAUUCGAAUAGCAGUUGGGAAAGUCAUAAAAAAUCCGACAUCUUUCAAUAUAUUCUACCCAGAUACUCGAAUAUAAGAGAAUUAAAGCUGGAUAUAUCGAAUUUCUCCAAUAGUCUUCACGAAAACAUGGCCAUAGUUAUUGGAUGUCAAACGAAACUCGCAUCUCUGCAUCUAAUGAAUGGAGAUAUGGAGAAUAGAUUUGGCAAUCUCCUAAACAGCAUUCCAAAUGUCUGCAACAAUAUUGAAGAGAUUGUAUUUCGGAAAUGUAAAUUAGACGAAAGUUGUCUGCGUGCUAUUCAAAAAUUCAUUGGAUUUCAAAAGAUUCUUAGGAAAUUGGACAUAUCGGAUUGUAGUCUUGAAAACUACUCAAAGGAUAAAGCAUUGCUUAAAGAGAUAAUUCUAUCUUGUAGUCAUCUUCAACAAAUUGUGUUUGAUAACAUUUUUGAAGGAAUCGAUCUGAGUAGUGACUUGAAAAGUUUGAAUGGAUUUAUGUGUCUUGGAGUUCAAUUUUAUUAGCAAUUCAUGGGAUUGUUUUAUAUACUGUAUAUGCUAAUAGUAUUACUGUAUCUACUAUGUAGUAUUCAAGUUAUGUCCUUUCAUAUGGACCCCUUGUUAAAUUGCACUGAUUUGAUUAUAGAAGGGGUCUUUUUUCGGUAAAUAAAGCCAUAUUCUUGUUACACUGUGAACUGUAAAAUUGCUUUAUUUGAACAACAAAAUGGUGUAUCUUGUAGAUUCUUUGAACAUAUCAGUGAUUUGAAAAGUUUAAAUCUAUGCAUAACUUUUUACAGCCAUUUUGCUUAUUGAUUUGUUAAUAAAUAAAGUCAGAUGUCAUUAAAUGAUUCGGUCAAUGUGAUCAAAAAGUAUCUAAAGAAUAUGAAAACAUGCAUAAUUCAUAGCAUUCUCAUAUAAUUAUUGUGUUUUAUUCGAUUCACAUAUUGUGAUAUUUUCCUUGCAAAUGUCAGGUUAUCUAUUUUGGAAACGAACGUUAUUAAGUUACUAUAUAAUUCCAUUGCUUAUGGUAGAAUUAUUUGAAGAGAUUCUAUAUUGCGU